UGCAGACCGACGACUACGGGGUCAAGCGGGAGACCGAAGAGACGAUUCGCGUAGAACCUACCCCUGUCCAGGAUAGAUACGAAGAGGACGCUCAAAGCGACGUAUCUUCGGUAUCGGGAAACAAUGGUCAAGAUAGGGAUAGUCCUCUGCCGAGUCCCAAGUCCGGACAGAACAGCCCAGUGACGUCUCCUAGACCGCCCUCGGCACCACAGACUCAACCGUCAACGGAAGGCAGUCCAAAAACCAUUGUCAAACACGAACCAGAAGAGACGUGGGAUUAUUAGACACGAUCUGCCGUGGGACGUAUUGCCCUUUAAAUACCUCCAACGGUUCCCAUCCGAUCAGCAAUUCUGGGUAAUCCCAAGAUGAGAGCCAUCUUGUCUUCGUUACGGAAGACCGAGGCUACGGAUUCCUUCUGGACCGAGUCAGCGGACGAAUCGACUGAUCCCCACGCGCGACCAGCAUUACCUCUAUGAUCCGGGAACAAGAGAAUCGAAGUGUUCGGAAACGAUUAACGACCUGGGGAAUGAAACGAGUCCUAUCAUUCUCGGCAUUCCGAAUUCAAGGGUUGGAGGUCAAGGAGGAGUAAAUUGCUGUAGGUCAAGGAGCAAAAUCAAAAAUCUCUUCGCAACGACCAGUGACCGUCGGGAGCGCUCUUCCGGUGUUUCAGAUGUGACGUCAUUGUUCGCGUUAGCUACGGAUGGACCCCAAUGAAGACGCGUUGAUCGUCGCAACGUACCCCGUAGCGGUUCUCAAUCGGAUCCCGCGGCUCCUUUUCUUUCACAACAGGACUUUCUUUUAGAAAGAUAUCUAAUGGAAAUGAGAGCCCCGGGUUCAACCACAGUGCAAUCUACCGGGAGGAAAAAUACCAAUCGUUCGGAAAACGGAUCGCCUAGAAAUUUGUAAGAUAAAAAAUUAUCCCCAAAAGUGCGAGAAAGAAUGUAUGCGUGCAUUUGAGAAAGACACUGAUACCGAGUGAAAGAGAGAGAAAGAGACGGAGAGAGUGGGCGAGCGAGGGUGUAAGGGGGAAGAUGGGAAUUCGAGAAAAUGAAAAUGAGCGAGUGAAAAAGAGAAAUAGAUACGCGAAUAAUUGCAUAAUUGUGAUUCAUGUUAUCGUUUAUAUCGAUCGUCUCGAUCCACAGAAACUCUCCCCUUAGCCGUUAAGCUGUUGACGUUAUAAAUAUAUUUCAUCGGAGUUACGAAUCGUUUUCUCUCCUUUCACGUUCAUUUCCCCGAAUAUUAUUUGCUCUAUUUUCAUUCUGCUCCCUUUUUGUAUCCCACGAUUGUAUAUAUACAUAUGUACAUGCAUAUACGGUACAUUUACCUCUUAUGUCCCCGAUAUUUAUGAAAGUCAUGAGAGAAUAUCUGUUGAAAGAAAAUACUUAAAAAUACCGUUACCAAUGUUAUCAUUAUCGUCAUCACUUUCAUCGUGAUCACCAUCGCCGUCAUCGUUAUCAUUAUGACUAUUAUUAAUAUUAUCACUGCGGUUAUUAUUAUUCUUACCAUUAUCGCACUUAUUAUUAGUUGUCAUUGUCGCCGUCGCCGAAACGAUGUUAGCGAUCGCGAAAAAGAGCGUAGCCAAAAAGAAAAGUAAUGAUGCCUUCUGGGCGGGAUUUUACAUGGAUCUUUUCUAUGUCGCUAGAAGAAGAGAAAAUCGGUAGUUUUAACGAACGAUUACGUUGUAUUUAUCGCAGUAAUUGCUUACGAGGAUUCUUAUUACUGCUAUUAUUAUCUUUGUCAUUAUUAUUGCGUUAUCCACAUUGCGUUACGUUAUUAUAACGAAAAUGAAAAACGGCUUGUGAAGCCAAUGUGAUAGAGCUUACGUGCGACAGAAAUAUGUGCGGGGUUCUCAACCUCGGUAGAUGCGCGAUAGUGAAGCGGUAUAAAGCGCGAAUUCUUAACUCACGCAUGUAUAUAGAUGUACAAAGUAUCUCGAACACGUUUUAAACACUUACGAAGAAACGCAGACACUCGCACGCCGUACCCAACGUGUAUAGUACUGUUUACUUACGACACUUAAUUCUCUACAAAGUGUAUCCGCAGUUCUACGUAUGUAAAUGGGGUGCGUCAUGUGAAUGAGAAAUGAAGUGAGUGAAUGCGAUUAUGGAGGAAAAAGGAUUAGUUUAUGAAUUUAGUGAAUUUUCGACUACCACGAACGUGGACGAAAUUGCAAGGAUUGCCCGUCACUUUAGAGCAAUGCCUAAAAAUGUGAAAUAAAAAGAGGGGCUUUGAGGAAACUGAAAAUAUUGCGAAUCAAUGAGUAGCUGCGGGAAACCGAGGGAGUGCAAGGAUUGAGUAACACGUAUGAAAGACGGAAAGAAAGGGCGAGAAUAUGCAUGAGAAACACGGAGCGAGAGAAAGAGACAAAAUCCUCGAUAUUACGAAUCAAACUAGUAUUUACCAGAUUAAGCCACGUUUAAUCUCCGAUUAAAUUCUAGUCCGCAAUUUAAAAUAAAGACGACAAAAACGAGCACCGAGCUAUGCGGCGAAGCGAAGUACUGAAAAGGGCAUUGCAAAUGAAAGACCAGUGAUCGACAUUUCUUUUCUUUCCUCGUUUUUAGAUUUCUUACCGAGUUUUAAGGGUAGCGUUAAAUGCGAUGGAUGACGAUUGUAUAUAUAAAGGACGUCUCGUUAAUUUAGGGAAGUCUAACUUGCCUAGCGAGUUCAGCAGGAUCCAGAGCAAUCGUGGCGAGUGGCGAGUUACGCCGAUAUUUAGAUCGAUAUUUAUGGAUCGUUAUCAUGGUUCCCAUACAACGUGGAAUAUUGCAGAAUGUUACGGCAAUUUUUGAACAACAUUUCAAUGUAUAGAAACGUUGCGAUAAUAUUGUACAAGAUUCUUUCGUAUGUGGAUGCAACGCAAUCGUUGUAAUGAGUCUACCAGAAGCUUCUAAUUGGUUCUUUGUUUUAUUGGCCGGUGGUGUGGUCUCUUAUAUCGAAGGAUAGUAAUCGUAAGCGCACGGUAUAUUUAUUACGACGACGGCGAACUGUGAAUUCCCUAUCGGCGACUCGCUAAUCGCGGGAAUCCCGGCCGUCGAGACGUUCGAACUAACGGCGAAGCAUUUUAUCGUACGACGGUGGUAACAAGACAAACGAUCUCAAAACACUAAUAUCAAACUAAAUUAUUUCAAUUCAUCGUAGCCUCUUGCAAUCGUGGACUUUUCGACGGCCGAUCAACGCCGAUAUCUGCCUACAAAUGCUACCGACUUGCGACUGCCUCUGAUUAAACGCGCGCAGGCGGCCAGUGAUGUGAUCGCUUCGAAAUUUUUAACUUAAAUAAAUCUGCGAUUUCGCCUCCAUCUUUUUUCGUUCGGUUACAAUGUCUUGGAAUUCGUAGGGAAAGCAAAUAAGAACAUUGAAAAUUAAUUAGAAACUCACAUCACUGGUAAUGAGGUAGCGGCUGAGCGCGGAGCACAAAAGAGUCGUUUGAAAAUUUCCAAUUUCCGUUAGAAUUUGCCACUCGAUUGGCGUUAGGUUUUUCUUUUUCUCUCUUGAACGUUGAAAUGGAUUUCGAUGAAAAACAAUGUUUCUAUCUCCAGUUUUAGCUAAACCGUUUAAAUAUAUAUUGAGAAAUGCGGCAGAGACGGAUGGCGGCCUACGAUUUUUUUCCGUUUCAUCACUGAUUCAGCAUAAACAGGUCAUUGUAGAUACUGAAUAGAGCAUGGAUAGACGAUAGCUUUAAUUAUUUAAACGGUACAGCUUUUAAUCAAGAAAUAACGGACGACGUAGAAUAAGGAGGGUAACUCGAGGAAAAAAGAUAUUCGAAAACCGUAAUUUACACCGAGAACGAACGCGAGCGGAACGGGAUCCAGUUAUCGAUAGCAGAAGGAGAGAAAUCAUAUCGUAAACCUAAUAAUGAAUAUUUUACAAACUAAAGUGUAGAUAGACGACAUUCAGAAAUUAUCAGAAACCCCCAAUACCCAUCACCCUCAUUACCGAAGUCACGGAAGGUCUAUGCGUGACAAGCCGAGAGAACGUAAGAAAUAUACGCAGAUAUACGAUCAAAAAACGAAGGACUCUGUCAUCCAGUAGUGAAAAUAAUGUAUUUAAAGAUGGAAACACAUUAAGGUGGAAAUACCUAAAAGUAAUAGUCUAUUGAUUUGUAUUUCAUUUCGGACUGUAUUAUAGCUUAAAGAGGUAUCCCUGUACAUUGCAUAAACACACGAGCACUAUUGUUUUAAAUUGUACGUUUAUGAUUAUUAUACGAAGAUAAAGGAGAAAUAA